AUGACGAGCCACACUCCCUCCAUGCCUUGUUCGGCACUCUUUCUGCUCCUGCUCCUGUUGCUUCCUCCCACUUUUAAAGGUGGGAGCCUCCGAUACCAUGGUCCUGGCUGGAAAUUAUUCCAUCGGCUGAGCAAGGGCUUCAGAAGUCCCCACCAUCGCCAGACACAACAAAUGAGGCAAAACGUGCCCCAGGGUCAACCGGGAGAUGAUUGUCAGGGUAUUUUCGACCUCUACCUCAUCCUGGACAAAUCAGGCAGUGUGGCAGACAACUGGAUCCACAUUUAUUCAUUUGCAGAGGGACUGGUGAAGAAAUUCACAAACCCGAACCUUCGGAUCUCCAUCAUUACUUACUCAACGGAGGCUGAAGUUAUCCUGCCACUCACCUCAGACAGAAAAGAAAUCAAUAAGAGCCUUCUCGUGCUUAAGGACAUAGAGCCUCAAGGACUCACACACAUGCAGAAAGGACUUAGAAAGGCAAACGAACAGAUCCGAAAAUCCACCUUGGGAGGCCGCAUUGUCAACAGCGUGAUUAUUGCUCUGACUGAUGGGAUAUUACUGCUAAAGCCAUAUCGUGACACUAUGGAAGAGGCCAAAAAAGCCCGGAAAAUGGGAGCAAUCGUUUACACUGUGGGUGUUUUUAUGUAUAGCAAACAGCAGUUGGUGAAUAUUGCGGAUGACCCAAGUCGCUGUUUUGGGGUUGAUAAAGGGUUCUCUGCUCUGGAGGGUGUCAUUGACCCGGUUACUUCCAAGUCCUGUACUGAAAUACUGUCUGUGCAGCCUACCUACGUUUGUGCAAAAGACUCCUAUCAAGUAAACAUUAGUGGACAUGGGUUUAAUAAUACAAGCAACAUGAAGCAAGUCAUUUGUAGAUUCACAUUCAGUGACUCCAAAGUCGUUGAUGAAAGUCCCAGUGAUAUGAAUGAACACAGCAUAACCUGUCCUGGACCAAAGAUAAAACACACUGGAGAGGACGUUUCUCUUCAAGUCAGUUUGAACAAUGGCAUCUCCUUUAUUGGGAACAAACUCAUUAUAACCAGUACCAACUGCUGGAGUCCUAGGGAAUCACAGGGCAUCGUGUUCAAGAAGACCUGGCUGAUGUUCCUGCCGGUCUUGCUGGUGACUCUGUUCUUGCUGUGCUGCAGUUGGAAGCUUUGCAUAAAGCCUAAGAAGCCACCACCGCCUCCCCCACAGCCCGAGAAGGUGCCAGAGGAAGAGAGCCCUCCUCCUGAAUCACCACCAGCUCCUGGCCCUGGCCCUGGUCCUGCUCCUUCUCCUGUUCCUGCUCCUCCUCCUCCUCCUCCUCCUCCUCCUUCUUCAGUCCCAUUGCCUGCCAACACAAACCCUACUGUGAUCGUUGCCUGCUGUGGCUGUGGCAACAGAGGCAUGCAGGGAAACCUGGACACAUGCUGUAACUACUUUCACCCAAGCUACCACCCGAUGCCAUUGGUUUGGUGUCAUCCCAAGGCACAGGGAGCAUAUCCCAGCUUCAAUGUCAUGAAACCCAGCUGCUCACAGGCCUCCUGCCGCCAAAAGCUCUGCCUCUGUUCCAAUAGGGAUUGCUUUCACCUUGCAGAACCACCAUACCCCACAAGGAUUGUCCUUCAACCCAAUGAGAAGUAUUUCAACGUCACACAGUCACACUGCAACCCAAAGAUCCGCUUUCAAGCCAACCAAGAAAAUCUCCCAGUUGCACAGACUCUGUGCUCAAAGAUGUGUUCAGCACCCAAUCAGGAGUGCUACACUUUCAAACCCCCACAGUCCCCAUACCAAGCCAGGUAUACCAAGUCUCCCUCCAGGAUGCUGCCUCUGCUCACUCCCCAUACCCGACAAUCUUUAGAAUCCCUUUGUCACACCUAUCCUUUCCCCCCAAUCUCUAAAGGACCAAAAUUCUAA